UGUGAAGAGAGAGUAAGAAUAAAGCUAUUAUAAGGAAUAUAUAGUAAUAAAGCUAAUAAAAUAAGGCUAACAUAAAAUAAAUAAACAAGUAGCUAAAUGCAACAAAUGCCACAAAGAUUACAGUAAUGUAGGUAUAUACAAUAUACAACAAUACGAACUGUAAUUUAGUAGCAUAGUUGGAAUAAAAUAAGUACAAGAACAAGAAGUAAAGUGAUAAAGUGAAAUGGCAUAUAAAGUGAUAAGUGGCAUUAUGGCCUCAGGACACAGUGUCUCCACUGUCCCUCUCACGACCAGAGGUAGAUGAAUUAAACAGUAUAUAUGGGAACAAUAAAACAAUAAUUCACACAUUAACCCUUUAAAUGAUUCGUUCUAAUGAAGAAGGCUGUAAGUAUCAUCAGCAUUUAGUGGUGGAGUGUAAGUGAAGGAUCAAUCCACCUGGACUCCACCAAUUUUGUAUUAAUAGCUAUAUUGGCUUAUGUUACCUAUGACCUAUAUGCCUAAAUUGUCAAAACAAGAGAUACAAUCCCAGAAUGAAUGUUGUUCAUGAAUAGCCUUAAACAACCCAGACAAAGUAGUUCCUUCUGAUCUGAUUGACACAUGGACUGGAUGGGAGGGUCGAUUCCACUUGAAACCACUGAAGUCCCGCCUCACAGUGUGUAUCUUGCUGGGGACAUGAGGCUAUAAAAUGAAGGAACUUACUGUAACUGGGACGCACUCUGUAGUUGGAGUUCUCUUUGUGAACUCCCAUACAGAAACUAAAGUCAGUCCAAUGCUUUAAUCACUGCUCACACCGAGAGAUAUCGCGGUCGGUUUCCUCUCACUUCCAAGCUGAAAACAUUUCACCAAGUCGCCGGGUAGAGACAGAGCAGAGCCAUGGCAGGGGACGGGUCAGACCAGCGGGCGUUGCAGUAUGAACAAACUCUGAUGUAUGGGCGCUACACACAGGAGCUCGGGGUGUACGCCAAAGAGGAGGCAGCUCGACUGAGAGAGAGUGGGCAGAGGCGAUCGGUCAGCGACCGAAGUCGGACCUUGGACCUGCUUGAGUACGACAAAGGACGCUGUGCCAAGUGCCGCAUCUGCACUGUUCGCUGUCAGAAGUUCCUGAUCUCGCGGGUCGGGGAGGACUGGAUCUUCCUCAUCCUGCUGGGACUCCUCAUGGCCCUGGUCAGCUGGGUGGUGGACUUCUGCAUUGCCAUCUGCCUACAAGCACAGAAGUGGAUGUACGGUGGUCUGGACAGUAAUGUGUUCCUGCAGUAUCUGGCCUGGGUCACUUACCCUGUAGUCCUCAUCACCUUCUCUGCUGGCUUCACACAGAUCCUCGCCCCGCAGGCUGUUGGUUCAGGUAUUCCAGAGAUGAAGACCAUCCUGAGAGGAGUGGUGCUGAAGGAAUAUCUCACCUUCAAAACGUUUGUGGCCAAAGUCAUCGGUCUCACCUGCGCUCUGGGCAGCGGCAUGCCUCUGGGCAAGGAGGGUCCAUUCGUACACAUCGCCAGUUUGUGUGCUGCUCUCCUCAGCAAGUUCAUGUCUCUGUUUGGAGGAAUUUAUGAGAAUGAGUCGAGGAAUAUUGAGAUGCUGGCAGCAGCCUGUGCUGUAGGAGUGGGCUGCUGUUUUGCUGCCCCCAUAGGAGGAGUGUUGUUCAGUAUUGAAGUAACAUCCACAUUCUUUGCGGUGAGGAACUAUUGGAGAGGUUUCUUUGCUGCUACCUUCAGUGCCUUCAUCUUCAGAGUACUGGCUGUUUGGAACAGAGACGAAGAGACCAUCACAGCCCUGUUUAAAACCCGUUUCCGGUUAGACUUUCCUUUUGACCUCCAGGAACUUCCUGCUUUUGCUGUUAUUGGCAUUGCCAGUGGUUUUGGAGGGGCUUUGUUUGUGUAUCUGAACCGACUUAUUGUCCAGUUCAUCAGGAAACAGAAGGCCAUUAACAGAUUCCUCAUGAAAAAACGUCUGCUGUACCCAGCAUUGGUUACUUUACUUGUUUCCACACUAACAUUUCCCCCUGGCUUUGGGCAGUUCAUGGCUGGCAAGCUCACCCAGAAGGAGUCUCUGGUGACUUUACUGGACAACCGGACAUGGGCCAAACAGGGCAUCGCUGAGGAAUUUGACUACAUCGGACACUCCCAAGCCUGGAAACACCCGCAGGUCAACGUCUUUGUCACCCUGGUCCUCUUCAUCGUCAUGAAGUUCUGGAUGUCUGCCCUGGCCACCACAAUCCCAGUGCCCUGCGGAGCCUUCAUGCCAGUAUUUGUCAUUGGGGCAGCUUUUGGUCGUCUGGUUGGAGAAAGCAUGGCAGCCUGGUUCCCAGAUGGCAUUCACACAGAUGGCACCAUCUACCCCAUCGUGCCAGGAGGCUAUGCUGUCGUGGGUGCGGCAGCCUUGUCAGGAGCAGUCACCCACACAGUUUCCACCGCGGUCAUUGUGUUCGAGCUGACUGGCCAGAUCUCCCACAUCCUGCCGGUGAUGAUAGCGGUGAUCCUGGCCAACGCUGUGGCCCAGUCCCUGCAGCCCUCCCUCUAUGACUCCAUCAUCAGGAUCAAGAAGCUGCCCUACCUUCCAGAGCUGGGCUGGGGACACCACGAGAAGUAUAAUAUUCGUGUGGAAGACAUAAUGGUGCGGGAUGUGCGGUACAUCACUCUAAACUGCUGCUAUCGAGACCUGCAUAACGUCCUGCUGACGGGCCACCUCAAAACCCUGGCACUGGUGGAAUCAGCUGAGUCGAUGAUCCUGCUGGGAUCCAUCGAACGUGCCCAGCUCCAGUCACUGCUUUCCCAGCAGCUUGGUCGCCCAAGACGGCUGCAGUACAUCAGGGAGCGAGCUGCUGCAGAGAAGAAACGCCUGUCGGUUGUAUCAAACCCUGGCAGCGAGGACGACAGCCAACGGGCCAGUCAGGAAGUCCGCUUCCAGAUCUCUACUGAGGAAUCAUCCUUCAGUCCUACUCGUCCAGUUCCUUUGAAACCUCUCAAACCUGCUCUGAAGAGAUCCUCUGUGGUUGAGCGACCCACCGAGAUCCCCACCAAUGCACAUGAUAAUUCUGGCAUUACUUUAAAGAACCUGUUCUGUGCCAGUCCAGACACAGAAGGCCUGGAGAAAAACAACAACAUGGAGAGCCCCACGUCUCCUGAGCUCAGGAAGCCGUCCAAAAGAGUCAGGAUAUCCGUCGUGGAGCCACCACCCAGCUUAAAGAGUUUCUCUGGGGAUGAUGGAGAUAUGGAGGACGACAUGACCAUCAGAGAGAUUGCAGAAUGGGAGGAGAAGCAGCUUGAUGAGCAGGUCAACUUCAACAACUGCAAGAUCGACCCCGCCCCGUUCCAGCUGGUGGAGCGCACGUCGCUGCAUAAGACCCACACCAUCUUCUCCCUGCUGGGCCUCGACCAUGCCUACGUCACCAGCAUCGGACGUCUCAUCGGGGUGGUUUCUCUCAAAGAACUUCGCAAGGCCAUCGAAGGCUCUGUGACAGUGAAGGGUGUGAAGGUGCGUCCUCCUCUGGCCAGCUUCCGGGACAGCGGCACCAGCAGCAGUGAGAACGAGGCCACCGAGCUCCACAAGCUGUGGGACCGCCACAAGAGCAUGUCGCUGCCCCGUGAACACACCCCCUCUGAAUCCGACGAGAAAUCCCAGUGAGGGAAAGUAGAGAAGAAGAGCAGGUGGAGGAGGAGGUAGAGGAGGAGUGAGGCAUUGAGGUCUUUAAUCCCCCAAAGCCACAAACAUGCAAAAAUCCUCAGGGCUUAGGAUCAAUAUUUAAUUCUGGAAAGAGUUCUACUGCUACGCCAGCCUCCUUUCGACUCCUCAUCUACUCCUCUUCCUCCCCCUCCACCAUCACUCCGCUUCCUGGACCACCCAGUACUUUCUCCUGGAGCCUUGCACUGACCAAGCCAGACACUCCGCAGGACGGUGGAACACAACUCAACCUGUGCCCUGCUCUCCAUUUUCCCUCGGGAACCCAUGGCAGAGUGAAUGUGGAUCAGGGAGGGGGGAAAAGACACAUGUUGGCUGAAUCCAACAAGGGACUGGGAAUGGGCUGAAAUCUUUAAAAAGGGAUUUUUUUAGCAGACUUUGUUUAGCCUGUGUAUCUUUAGAGUCGAGAUCAAAGUUUGGACCUGCAAGAGUUUUCUCUUGAUUGAGUCUUCCACUUGAGCAGAGAAAUUCAGCAAUGAUGACAAGGAAGAAUAAUGUAUGUGUGUACUCUUAAGUGUGAGUGUAUGAAAUGAGAAGAUGUGAGUGUGCAUGACAAAGGAGGUAGCAAACGGCUAUUUCUUAUACAAUUUUUUAUUGCCUUUAGAACACAUUUCAGUCUCUGUUUUUCAGCUUGAAUAAUUUAAUUUCUGACUGAUCAGGUGGUCUGGGUUUAACUGGAUUUUGCCAUGGCACCGUUUCUUUGGAAAUCACUAAAGUUUGACCCACUGUCAAGCAUUGGACCCAAAUAAGGACAGAUGCCUUAGUUCUCUGUAUUUUCAUGGUUCAGUUACUCCUCUUCUCCUUGCUCUUCAGUGUAAGUCUUAAUGAUCAGGUUGAGAGUACAGUCUAUGCAAGCAGACAUGCAUGUUGGCGGUGGCAGAAGCACCUGUAGCUCUUUUCAUAACGCACACACUCCUUUCAUACUGUAGCUACAGCCUUGAAUCACAAAGACACAUAGAGACACACACAAACAUUCCGUGGCGACGCACUCUGAGUGGAGGUUUUCUGCUUAUCUAAAUAUAGCUCUUAAUAACCGUUCCAGAGAAGGUUGGGGCGGAUGGAGAGGGCAGGAAGCGAGGGAGGGAGGAAGAGCAGGGAGCAAAUGGAAGGCUGAAAGAAUGAAGACAUCAUUGCCUAACCAGCUGCUCUGGGCCCUCUCAUCAAUCUGCCUUUGAUCACCCAUGUUAGAUAACCUGCAUUGCUAUCAGAGACACAGGAGCCCCACCACCAGCUGUAUGAUGUAAUGGUCCAGGGCUGAGGCAGCACUGGUCUCGACAUGUACAGCACUAGAUGCCAGUAUGUGUGCAGAAUCAGCAUGAUCAAUGUUGACCAGUAGUAUGAGUGAACUGAAGCAUGAUCCAGUGAGAUUAACUGGUGCAAAAAUGCUAAAGGAAAUCUAUAACUGACCAAUAGCAAGUAUUCAGUUUUAUAAGUCACCCCUUUGAACAAUGGAAGCGCAGCUCCUUACUACAGAAAAUUAGCACUCCAGCUACCAGCCCAACAUGGACGACCGUUCAAACCAGGAACUCUAGCCUUUAAUGUGGCAGCAUGGUUUCUGGUUCAGCAAGCAGCCUGACAUGACAGAUAACGUAUAAGUACUGUGUAUUUAAAAAUUCAUGUCUCUAUGUCUAUAACGCUUGAGGGUUGUCAUCGACGUAGGCUCUGCUCAUCGACAGAAAAACAUUGAUUUGUUUUCCCCAUCCCUCCAUCUCUUCCACUUCCAUGUUUUACUUAUCUUAGCUACUGACCCCAAAUACUAUAUGUCCUUGCACUCUUUUUUUGUUGUAUUUUUUAUUUACUUUUUCAUUUUUUAUUUUUUAGUGGACUAGGCAGGAUACCCACUACUUCCAUAGACUUUACACUACUGAUCAGAUGCCUUAAAAACUCACUCAUACCCAGCUUUGCUGUCUUUUUCUGCAUACGAUGCAUUGCAUGGAUUUUACUUUUGGUGGUGUCUUGUCUUGCUACAUGCCACUGAAAGUAAAAUACACACAGUAAAAUAGCAUGGCUUUGCAUGAGAGAGUGCACGUGGGUUUGUUUUAUGUGAUCAAACUGUACCAAAAACAAAAGCUUGACAGAAAUGAAAACUGGAGUGAGUGCUGUUCUCUUAUGUCUGCCUGUAUGUUAUAUGUGUCUUUACACUAUCUUAUUUUAUACUUACAGCAUCAGAUUAUUCCACUUUGAUUGACAUCUUCCAUUCAUCCAAUGAGCUUUAUAUAUUGCCUGAUUUGAAAUGGGGUUGGGUCUUUUCGUUAGCAAAGUGCUACUUACAGAUUAAUAUAUUUAACAUCAUUCCUGUAAUAUAAAAUCAUAAUUUAAUGUCUUAACCAAUCUUAAAUUGUUGACUGUUCUCUUUUUGAGAGAGAUUUUGGGGAUUGUUGUAUGAUGUUUGUUAUAUUUUUUUCACAUGAUGAUUCACAUGAUUUUUUAUGUUGAUUUUCAUGCUGUCCAUUUCUACUAAGACAUUUAUUUGUAAAGUGCAGAUGACACUAACAGGAUGAAGGCUCACAAUGGCCGCCUGAUAGGAAAGCAAAAGAAAUGUAAUUGUGAGGCUGAAUGUUUAAGGGUCCAGCAUGUGGUCUGUUAGCAACAUAUUCAUUCCACAAGUGCCUGCAUGAAUUCCUCCUCUUUAUCAACAGGAAUAAGCAAUCCGCACCAAAGUGUUUGGAUCUGGUUUUCAAGUCAUAUGCAUGUAGACAAGGCACUUUUCUCACACACCUGUGCAAAUGUGGAAGCAGGGUGGUUGAUGUGUCAGUGUGGUGUGCAAUUAUCACCAUGGCAACCUGUUGUCGUCGUCACACACGCUCUUACCUCCCACCCCACCACACACACACACACACACACGGGGACUGACCGAGAUCCACUCGUCUGAUUUGGUUCCGUUCAUUUGUUUGUGCUUUUUAUCGAUUUUCAUUACUCUGCCUUCUGCCAGAGCCUUCCCCUCCACGGACUCUUCAGCUCUUUUCAUUUCAUUUGCUACCAGACAGAUAUAGACCGAGGUAGAUGCAUAUUUAUUAGUCUGUAUUAAUCAAAAGUAGAAGUUUUGUUUUUCAUUCUUUUUAUGGAUGAUCUACUUGUUGGUAAUCAAUUUGUGCAAUAACGGUUGUUCAUCUCACUUUGUAACCCAGUUUUAAUUGAUGACAUGUAUGCAAGAUAACCUUAUUUUUGUAAAGAAACCUGAAAAGUGUAAAAAGAUGUAUGUAUAUGAGGAGAUCUGAUGCUCACACAGGAGCUUGAGUGUGAUAAAGUGAUGUUUGGUUUAAGAGGAAGGUUUCCCAGAAGCCUCAGUAAAAGCUGUUAGAAACUGACUAGAGUCAGCAUUGAAAUAUUUAAGACUCUGUUUGCACCUUUAGGCGUUCAAUUCAAGUAGAAAAAUGGCUUUGACUCUUCAGUUUGGCUUUGGGAAACCGUCUAGUCUUAACAGGCUCUCUGGUGAAUCCUGCUGCAUGGACUGUAGCUGGCGCUCUUAUACAAGAAUCCUUUAAGCACUGAUGCUGGGUCAGUUUUAUCAUGCUCCCCUCUAUCCUCUUCAGUCUGAGGGGCUUUGAUAAGACCCGAUCUUCACAUCAGCUUUUGAGGGUUAUCUUUUAUCCACUCCUUAGGGCUCUUAGGGACUGUACAUUGUACAUACUAGAGGCCCCCUCUAUGGCAAACCCUGAAGGCCAAACCAGACGGAGCUGAACAAAAUCCAGAGCUAUUUUUCACACAGAAAAAUGAAACAUUGUUUUGUAUAUCAGGGAUGAAUAAAUGAGAUUUUAACAAACAA